ACAGGGGGAGUGGCAUUAGUAUGUUGUGAUAAGCAUAAGCACCGUGCGUGAAAAAAAUGACGAUGUAACUGUGAUCGAGGACAAGCAGCCGUCCCGCGUAUACAUUACAGCACAAAAGAUGCUGUGGGGUUUGUAUCUGGUUUCAGAUCAUUUUUAACCCCCGGCCAGCUGGCCGCUCACCCUCUGUGACCUCUGCUUUGGCUUGUUAAAGCACUAUGGGUAACACAAGCAGUGAGAGGGCAGGCAUGGGCCAAGAAAAAGCCCACAGGAGGGAUAGUCGAGGAACCAAGGAGGGAGAUCGUCCCAAAAUCCUGAUGGACAGCCCUGAAGAUGCCGAUAUGUUUCACGGGGAGGACAUUAAAGCACCAAUAGUAAAAGAAGAGUUUCUUGACUGGACACCAGACUUGGAGACCAGUGACAAGGGUUCUGACCUGGACCGGCCCACUGUGUUUCGAUGGACGGGAGCUGGAAAGGAAGUGUUUAUUUCGGGCUCCUUUAACAACUGGACCAGCAAGAUUCCUUUGAUUAGAAGUAGUCAAAACAACUUUGUGGCCAUCGUGGAGUUGCCUGAGGGUGAGCACCAGUAUAAGUUCUUCGUGGAUGGGCAGUGGACACAUGACCCAGCGGAGCCUGUGGUGACCAACCAGCUUGGCACGGUUAACAACAUCAUCCAGGUGAAGACGACAGACUUUGAGGUGUUUGAUGCUCUGAUGGUGGAUUCACAGAAAUGCUCGGACAUAUCAGACCUGUCCAGCUCUCCUCCUGGACCGUAUCAUCAGGACGCUUACGUACCCAAACAGGAAGAGAAAUUCAAAUCUCUUCCGAUUCUACCGCCUCAUCUCCUACAGGUCAUUCUCAACAAGGAUACGGGCAUCUCGUGUGAUCCAGCUUUACUUCCCGAGCCCAACCACGUCAUGCUUAAUCACCUGUAUGCUCUGUCCAUUAAGGAUGGCGUAAUGGUUCUGAGUGCAACCCAUCGUUAUAAGAAGAAAUAUGUCACAACUCUGCUGUACAAGCCAAUCUGAUCUCCGUCUGCUCGUCUGAGAAAACCGACCAAUUUCAAAUGCUACGAGUAUUUUAGCUUUGUUUAGUUUAGUUUUGCUCUGUCUAUAUAGUGUGUAUUAUUGUAAAUAGAGAUGUACAGAGAUGCACUUUAGAAAUCGGUAUAUUUCUGAAUAUAAGCUAACCAGAAACACACAAAUGGCUUUGGAGAUAAUAUAUCAGUCAGUUAAUCUUUUAGAUGUUUGUACGCUUUUUGUAAAUGGUGCUUAUUUUAGAGGCCAAAAGACCAUGUUCUGAACUUUUUUUUUACUGAAAAGGGAAUAAUUCGCCCAAAAAUGAAAUAUCCGUCAUCAUUUACUC